CUGAUAGUGGGUCUGUACUCGUUGUGGAGCGCAGCUUGUGCGGAAGCUCUUUUCACGCUCAUCUCGGCUGUCAGGAUUUCUAGGUAGCACUUUUGCUCUUUUUAGAUUCGGUCAAACUGAUUAUUUAUCUAUCGGUAGAACGUCCUUCUCCCUCCUUCCACGCCCUCACGUGUUCUUCGCUGAUGCGCACACAGAGUUUACCAUGACAUAUGAUUACGUAUCCCUGAUAUGAUCACGUAUUAGUAUUUGCAUCCAUUAGUGUUGACAGGCUGGAAGUGAAAAUACAGUAGUCUACGUAGUACUAUUCAAGAAUGUACAAGCCGAUUCCUUCGGUGAUUCCCUGCUAUGGGAAUGAUGAGGACCGUGCAGAGUUUCCCUCGCUGGCGCGUUCGAUGUAUCAGGAAACGCAUCUACGAAGCGCCGGCACAAUCGGGCUGCCCGUUAGUCGACGUCCCUGGCGUGAAGUGCCCAACCUGGAUUCUGCGCCGCCUUCGAGCGUUGGCUCUGAUCAGCGGCGGUAUGAGAAGCGACUGAAUAAAACCCGGAAAUUGAAGGAGCAGCACCGAUUCACGUCACAGGGUGAGUACCAAAAGGGCGUGGACGAGAACCGAAGAAAGCCGCCACAGAAGAUGCAGCAUCCACCAGCGUACCACAGCGGGGGCCGUCGUAUGGGCGGCGAUGAUCUUGCCAAACCCGCAGAUCCACGGGAGGCCUUCAAGCUUCCGGUGUGGGCAAGGCGCUCGUCGGCCUCAACUGCAGCUGGACCUGGAGCAGCACGAGGAGAAAGCACGAUGGCGAAGAGUAGAGGGAGGAAGUCGGUGACAGUUUUGAGUGCGGUUCCGUCGAGCAGUGCUGCAAUUCUUGCGGGUGAAGGAGGAGCGGCGACGGCGCCGAAACGCAAAACCGCAUCAGCAUCCUCCAUGUUGACGCCAGGAGGAGGACAAGUAGGUGCGGAUGCGCAGGAGCCUGCUGAAGAUAUAUCCCACUUGCAGAAGCGCGUGAAUGAAUUGGAUAAGCUGAUCGAUCCGUUGCAGUCAAACUACCAAGGCAUGUCUCUAGAUCCGCGCGACAAGCCGGCUACGGUAGACGGGAACCGCCCGUUCGUGAUGGUGGCCUCACGGCUGCGGACGCGGGACCCUAGGCCUUUCAAUGUCAACGUGAAGCCGAUGCAACGGUGGGGUAGACGGCCAGACUCGCUUUUCGAUGGCGAAGGUUACCCGCUGCCAGCGUCUGCGGCGGAGAGCGAACUAGAUCGCAGGGAGAGGCAGAAGAAGGAGUACAUUGUACAAUGGAAGGAAAAUUUAGACCGAAAGAAGAAGGGAAAAAAAGUUACGCUGCCCUGCUACGCGAACAAGACGCAGACCAAACGGUAUCACGACAAGUUACAUUCGACCUAUGCGCUCAUGAGUCGCGGCGAGGGCUGGAAGGAGCAGAGGGAAAGCGUUCACGAAGAUGCUUCAACGAGAAGGGAGAAAAAUACAUAUAAAGGGAAUGCAGGUAUAGAACCACAUGUUACAGCUAUGCUGACUUCUACCUGAUGCUUUUACCUAUUGCAUCGAUCUGCGUGAUAAAUCUACUUGCUCUUUCUGUCAAGAAAAAAUUCGCGUUUUGCAGGUACAUACUUUUUUGGGCAGCCAAUGCAACCUGAAGACUUUGAUGAGGCCAAUCGUGGUGUUAUGAGAACGCACUUGAGCGAAGCUGGCUACAAGGGUGAAAUGGAUUGGAAAGACAUGCCGUAUUGUUUAAUAAUUUUCCAGGUUUUGCUGAUCCUAAUACAAAAAAAAGUACAUGAUUGUUUUUGUUUCCAAUCUCAAAGUACACUCUCUAGCAUGCACGCCAGUAGAACUCAAGAUUGGUCAAUUUGUUGUAAAAAUUACAUAUGUUGAUGUCAUCUGUCGAUCAUUGUCUAGUCGGGUGCUCGUUAAAAGCAAGGGCUUGAAUUAUAACGCAUACAACGUUUAGGUACAAGAUCGAUCCGACUGAGACGCCGCUAACGUAUAUCCCGGUUCGUGUUGAGGGCGUUGUCACGGGGCCUGAAAGCUACAUCGAUCGGAAUAAUGGGCUUUCGAAAUAUGCGGAGCAGGAUUGCAACGUAAAAAGAACUGCCUUGUAGGCUUUCAAAAUACUCCGGCACUCGUUGGAUCAUCUACGGCAGGGGCAAUGGCUAUCUGAAGGCGAAGAAGUAGUAGCAUCAUAACGACAUUUUUGUACCCCGGCAGGAUUUAUUCGAGCGACUCUCUAAUCCACAAUCACAGCUAGAAGAUAUUCAUCCCAGAUCGAUCCAUGAUGAUUUCCAUCAUCCAGCCAUUCCAAAUGUCAUGGCGCUUCUUACGCUUACCAGGUUGAUCUCUGAUUAGAUAUAAGCCCCGAGAGAGUUUUGUUGUCAUAGAUUUCUGAACAUCGAUUUCGAUAGAGGUACUGUAAGCAUCAUUCAACUGCGCAAUCGGACUCGAUGAAUAUGAACUAACACUAGCAUCAUGCUUCUGUUGAAUAAAUACGAAUGCUCUUUCGAUCCCAUUCAAUUUAGUUUUAGAUUGACCACUAGCUCGACGAUGUGACACAAACUAAUUACAAGUAGG